AUGUAUUUCUCACAAAUUGCUAUCGUGGCCCUGGCAGCUGCCGCUCAAGCCGUCGAUGUUCAGGUCGUCGCAGUUGGCAGAAACUCCGCCACAAACUCAACAGACAUCAAGUUCUGGCCCGAGAAGAUCACAGCAGAGCCAGGAACUAUGGUGCAGUUCCAGUUCUGGGCUGGCAACCAUACCGUCACACAGUCCAACUUCGAUAACCCUUGUAUGCCCAUUGGCAACAUCCAGUCCAACGUCACUGGUAUCUACUCUGGUUACAUGCCUGUCGAGGCCAGCUUGGCAAAGGGCAUGAUCCCUACCUACACAAUCACCAUCAAGGACAAGAAGCCUCUAUGGCUCUUCUGCAGUAAGGGACAGCACUGCCAGGGUGGAAUGUCAAUGGUCAUCAACGAGAACACAUCCGCCAACUCUACAAGAUCCCUCAACAACUACAAGGGUCUCUGCAAGGGCUCCACAGCCUCAGAAGUUGUCCCAGUUCAGGCUGGCGGUUCCCCUCAAGGUGGAAACGGCGGCAAUGGCACCGUUCCAGGCGGCAAUGGCGGCAAUGGCGGCUCCGGUGGUGGCAACUCUGGCGACGGUAGCGACUCUGGCAGUGACUCCGGUAGUGACUCUGGCAGUGAUUCUGGCAGCGACUCCGGUAGCGACUCCGGUGACGACAGCUCCAAUGGCGGCAGCUCCGACAACGGGUCCUCUGUUGUUCCUCCAACCGGCGUUGCCACUCCUGCAGCCACCGGCACUCCCACAGCUGGAUCAGGGGUUGUUACAGCUGCCGCUGCAGACUUCUCUGCUCCCAUCCCAAUGCUGCUAGCAGUCGGUGCUGCUGCUAUGUUUGCCCUCUAA